AUGGCGCUGUCGAGGACGGCGUGGAUCGCCGCCGGCCUGCUUGCGCGGCUGCUGAUGAUCGCCGUCCUGGCCAUGACCGUGCAGUCGAGGUUCGCGAACAGAGUCCAUUACGACUUCAAGGCCGCCGGCUACAACAACGAUCUCCAGAGCUACACGUACGCGGUGGUCGCGGCGGUCGUCGGGAUGGCGGGCAGCGUGCUGCAGAUCCCCGUCGCCGUCUACCUCCUCUGCAGGAGCAAGCGGAUGACGUCCAGAUCCCUCAUCCUCGACGUCAGUAUGUACGCCGACAUUGUGGUGACCGUGGUGCUGGCCAGCGGCGUCGGCGCGGGCUUCGGCGCCACUGACGACGUCCUGGAGUACGUCAAGCAUGGCUCGCGAUGGGGAGACGACGCCACGCAAGAUCUCGUCAAGUACUACCAGAAGGGGAUCAUCGCCAUCGUCUUCCUCCUCAUCGGCAUGCUCCUGUCCGUGUGCGCCACCGUCGUCUCCACCAGGCUCCGGGUCAGGGCAGCAAGCAACGACGACAUCGCCUACGUCUGA